CUCCAUCCCAACCUGCAACAGUUGCAUCAGCAGGCCUUGAUUGAUACCCACAAUCAGUUGCAACAAUUCUAUAAAAUGGCCAGGACACCUCAUCUCAAGUCAAGCUUUUCCAUAAAUUCCAUUCUACCCGAAACGGUGGAGGACAGCAACAACAGUAGCCAUCACAAUAACAACAACAGAUCGUUAAGUGGUGAUCAUCAUUUACGGCAGCCCUAUACCAAUCUUUGUGAUGAUGUUGAGGGGCCAGAUGCCGAUUCGGAUUUAGAUGUUACCAGCAUGUCACCGCCACCACCCACCGACGACGAGGAAAGUGAUCUCGAAGAAGGUCUUGACCCAGAUGGAGAAACAGAGGAUCUCGAUUUAGACGGUGAUGUUGAUGCCGAUGGCACAGAGGGUGAUGCCACCGAAACCGAAAGCAAAGAAGGUGGUGAGGGUGGCGACAAGCCCGCCACCGACAAGAAAGGCAAUGAAAAACCUCCGUACAGUUACAAUGCUCUCAUUAUGAUGGCCAUACGACAAAGCCCCGAAAAGCGCUUGACUCUCAAUGGCAUCUAUGAAUAUAUCAUGACCAAUUUCCCCUAUUAUCGGGACAAUAAACAGGGUUGGCAAAACUCCAUACGACACAAUCUGAGCCUGAACAAAUGCUUCGUCAAAGUUCCUCGCCAUUAUGAUGAUCCCGGUAAGGGCAACUAUUGGAUGUUAGAUCCAUCGGCGGAUGAUGUUUUCAUUGGUGGUUCCACGGGGAAAUUACGUAGACGUACCACUGCCGCUUCGCGUUCCCGCCUGGCUGCCUUUAAACGUUCCUUAAUUGGUCCCAUGUUUACCGGCUUGGGUUAUCCACAAUUUAAUCAGUUCCUUUAUCCUCCCCAGGCUGCGGCCACCGGAGCACCCAAUCCCGGCCUGCUGGCCAGUAUGUACGGUAGAUAUAAUCCUUUUGUGCCAAAGAAUCCCGCCUUACCACCCUCACCCUUUGCUGCGGCCCGGGUAAGUCCCGCAAUGGCGGCGGCGGCCAAUUAUAGCAACAUGGAACGUCUACUAUCCGCCGCCAUGCCUCCGCAAGCGCAUCCUGCAGCCGCUGCAGCGGCGGCUGCUGCCUCCCUACCCGCCUCUGAUCUCUAUCAACGUUUACAAUAUCAACAACUGUUGCAACAACAUGCAGCGGCGGCGGCCAUUGCUGCCCAUCAACGACAUCAACAGCAACAACAACAACAGCAGCAGCAACAACAAUUAUCAUCACUACAUCAUCUAGCUAGUCCGCCGGGUGGCCAUCCAGCGGCUGGAGGACCUCUGCAUCAGCCGUUGCAAGUUCUAACGCAUUUAGGACAACCGCCCUCCUCACCAUCCCAUUCAAUAUCACCGACGGUCGGAGCUGCAGCCUCACCACCCGGUCCAAUUUUAAAGCCGGUAACUGUCGUUUCACGAAAUAGCUGA